CCCCACACUACUGCUAUUGCGCGAAGAAGAAGAAGACACAGUCAUAUGAUACAGGAAGUAAAUCAAACAGGACAAUUGCAGAUAACUGCAUGUAUUUAUUUUGAAUUAAACGUAAAUAAUUAUAUUUUCGUACAUCGGUGAACAAACAUUUGAGGUGAAACAGCAUGAAAGGUUUAUUUUGCCAAAUCGACCGGAGCGAGCUGAAAUUCUUUACUCAGGAAACGACUCUUCCAGAAGUCUUAGGCAGCCAUGAGGUCAGAGUUCAAGUGAAGGCGUGCGGCCUCAGCCCUGUUGACCUCAAGUUCCUGGAGGACGUGGGCAUGCAGAGGAGUUUGAUCCCUGUGGGCAGGGAGGUGGCGGGCGUCGUCCAACAAGUGGGUCCAAAGGUCUCCUUCUUCCAGCCAGACGACGAGGUUGUGGGCAUUCUUCCUCUGGACUCCACCUGGUCCGGCCUGUGCGAGGUCCUUGAUGUCGAUGAACAACAUCUCGUGGAGAAGCCGGAGAAGCUCAGCUUCGUGGACGCCGCCGCAGCGCUGCAGGACGGUCUGCGCGCGUACAGCGCCCUCCACACUCACGCCCGCAUGGCGGCCGGACACACGCUCCUGGUCCUGGACGGCGCCAGCUCCUUGGGCUUGAUGUGCAUCCAGCUGGCGUGUUAUCACGGCGUGAAGGUGCUGACCACCGCACACUCGCAGCAGCAGCACACCUUCUUGGAGCAGCUACGCCCCGCUGUCGCUCGAGUGAUUCCGGUUUAUAAAAACUGGUCAGACCUGCUCCCGGCGGUCCAGGAGGAAACCGGAGGACUGGGAGUGGACGUGGCGGUCGACUCCGGAGUACGUUUGCAGGAAAAGGAAGAGCCGGAGGAGAGUAGGCUCCUCCCACACAAGCAUGACAUCAUCAGUGUGCUGGCAGUGGGUGGGCACUGGGUGACGUCCCACCAAGACCUGCAACUGGACCCGCCUGAUUGCAGACUAAUGUUCCUGAAGUCGGCGUCCCUCUCCUUCCUCAACCCCGAAGCAUGGGUGGCAGCGGGGGCCCAGCAGGGGCGAUACCUGCAUAUCCUGAGGGACAUGAUGGAGAAGAUGUCAGCAGGAGUUCUCAGACCUCAAGCCGAGGCGGCGGUGUCUGUCCAGGAAGUCCUGGUUGCCAUGGAGAACGUGCAGCUCCAGCGCAGGAAAAAGGCAGUGGUUCAACUGUGAAGACCUGACGCUUUGUGUGGACCUUCUUGACAUUCUGAUGAAGACACAAUUUAUAUUCCAUGCAGAUUUACAAGAGACAACUUCUUAGUACACUUCAUAGUUCUCACACACAAAUACAGUGCAUCACUUUUCCCACAUGUUCUUAUAUGACAAAAUGGAAUCAAUUCAUUUUCGCCCUCAAAGUUCUACACACAAUACCCAUAAUGACAAUGUGAAUUUUUUUGCCAAUUUAUUAAAAGUAAAAAAACUCAAAAAUGACAUGUACAUAAAUAUGACCUACUCAGUGGCCUAGUGGUUGGAGUGUCCGCCCUGAGAUCGGUAGGUUGUGAGUUCAAACCCCGGCCGAGUCAUACCAAAGACUAUAAAAAUGGGACGCAUUACCUCCCUGCUUGACACUCAGCAUCAAGGGUUGGAAUUGGGGGUUGAAUCACCAAAAAUGAUUCCCGGGCGCGGCCACCGCUGCUGCCCACUGCUCCUCUCACCUCCCACGGGGUGAUCAAGGGUGAUGGGUCAAAUGCACAGAAUAAUUUCGUCACACCUAGUGUGUGUGUGACAAUCAUUGGUACUUUAACUUUUUAUUCAGACCCAUUGCUCAGUACUUAGUUGAUGCACCUUUGGCAGCAAUUACAGCCUCAAGUCUUUUUGAAUACGAUGCCACAAACUUGGCACACCUAUCUUUGGGCAUUUUCAACCAUUCUUCUUUACAGCACCUCUCAAGUUCCAUCAGUUUGGAUGGGAUGUCUCUGUACGUUGCUGCAUUCAUCUUUCCCUCUAUCCUGACUAGUCUCCCAGUUCCUGCUGCUGAAAACCAUCCCCACAGCAUGAUGCUGCCACCACAAUGCUUCACUGUAGGGAUGGUAUUGGCCUGGUGGUUUCCUCCAAACAUGACGCCUGGCAUCAGUCUUUGUCUCGUCAGACUAGGGAAUUUAGUUUCUCAUUGUCUGAGAGUCUUUUGACUAAGAAAUGGCCACUCGAGCCUGAUUGGUGGAUUGUCCUUCUGGAAGGUUCUCCUCUCUCCACAGAGGAAGGCUGUAGCUAUGACUGAGUGACCAUCGGGUCCAUGGUCACCUCCCUGACUCGGGUCCUUCUCCCCUGAUAGCUCAGUUUAGACUAGAAAGAGUGCUGGUGGUUCCAAACUUCUUCCAUUUGCGUAUGAAGGAGACCACUGUGCACAUUGGGACCUUCAACGCAGCAGAUAUUUUUCUGUACACUUCCCCAGAUUUGUGCCUGGAGACAAUCCUGUCCUGGAGGUCUACAGACAAUUCCUUGGACUUCAUUUCUGGUGUGUUCUCUGCCAUGCAUGGUCAAGUGUGGACCUUCUGUAUAGACAGCUGUGUGACUUUCCAAAUCAUGUCCAACCAACUGAACUGGACUCCAAUGAAGCUGUAGGAACAUCCCUCAUCAAAUGUCAGCUUGCGUCGUUGACAUCCGGUUGGCAUGACGACACGCUCGACACUUUGAGUGAACUUCGUAGCGACUCUAAGCAGCUUUCCAUGAUGCAUUUCUCCUCCAGCCUCAGUGCCUCCACUACCUGCAGCUGCUCCUUCAACAGUUGCUCCCCCUGCUGGAGAAGACCGGCGAUCUAAGAAGAAUAAAACAAUUACAAGCUUGCUUCAA